CACACACACACACACACACACACACACACGAGCAGGACACACGCAGGAAAACAGUCGCUAUGCAAACACCAACACUUUCUUUGUGGUGGUUGUGGCUGUGGCUGGUCCCGUGGUGUGGCGGUGUGGCGGGGAUGUUCUCAGGCCCUAUCGUGCACGGGGUGCAAGGAGUACUGCCUCUAAUAAGCGAGGAGGAGUCACGCGUGGUCUUGAGACGGAAGCUUUUUGAAACUGCUGAGAAUUUUGAGAGGAGUCUUCGUGACGAGCUACUGAAUAUUGAGUCCGAGGUGUUUGACGAGUUCCGCAUGAUCCUAGAGGCGCUGGACACUACUCACGAUCACCUUACGCAGGAAAUAGGUGAAAAAUUACGGCUGGAAAGAGAAGAAGUGCUACGGAAGACGAACAAAGUUGCCAUCUAUUCGUCCUUCGUAGCGGAAAAUCUUUAUAAGGAGUUAAAGCGACUACUGACGGAGCUGGGCGUGUGGACAGUGGACGUGAACGAUGCCAGCGCAGUGUUCAACCACCAGCAGGAGUUACUGGCGGAGACGCAGGACUCAUUAUCUACUGCCAAUGAGUCUUACCGGAGCAAGAGGCAGAUGAUAGACUGGGACCUGGAUUCAGAUGAUCGUCAAAACCUUGCCCUUUACGAGCCUUUCAAAGAGGAGGAGUUAGAGGAUGUCCUGGAGUCCUUCGAAUACAUGAAUAGCCAGAUGGGGCCUCGCGGCAGCCCAGAUGAGGCGCACACUGUCUGGGUGACCUCGGACGCUGUGGAAAUCCCAGGUCCUCGGGGCGAAUCGAGAAAGUUUCCAAAAGACUGCCUUGACCUGCUCGAGUCUGGCCUCACUCAGGAUGGCGUCUACACUAUCUACCCCACAGGCCUGGGUGUUCCGGCUUGGUGCGACAUGAGCAGUGCUGGGGGCGGCUGGACGGUGGUGGCGGGCAGGAGGGCACGCCAGCCUCGGGUCAACUUCUCCCGGCCUCUUCUGCAUUACCAGUUUGGAUUUGGCGACCCGGAAACUCAGCACUGGUUAGGCCUGGAUCAUGUCCACGCCUUAACACAAGACACCAAUUCCUCCCUGCAAGUCUUCCUGCAGCACUACGCCCUCACUACGCCUCUCCACGCCACCUACUACUCCUUCAGUGUGGGAAGCAGGCAGGAGGGAAAUCGUCUCACCAUUGGGAGUUACGAUUCAGCGAGCACUGCCGAGGACGCUCUCUCGCCUCACAAUGGAGCCGUCUUCACCUGUCCCGGCUCAGGCUUCUCAGCCAACCCCUGCGCGGAGGAAAUGGGCGCUGGCUGGUGGUUCCUGGAGGCGCCUUUAUGCUACCUGACGCUGCCCACGGGUGAGGUAUCUUCUGAAGGGCGUCCCAGGGGCAUGCGUGGCUCUCUGGCGUGGCUCGGGGAAGACCAGAUCCCGGAUACACUCUUACUGAUGGUCCGUCGUAAUGGAUAAAUGUUUAGUCAGAGUUUGCACAUGCUAAGGAAAGUAAACAGCUAAUUAUGUAGUGAUUCUGCUAUUGCUGUUGCUGGUUCUACAAUUAUUACUACUGCCAUUUGGGUUACUAUUUACACCACUAACUUAAACGUUCUCUAUUUUUGCUACUGUUACUAUUUACUACUAUUACUAUACGCUACAUGAAUUUCCCACGUAACUCGCAACACUUCAGGCAAUAUCUUGAAAUACCAGGAAGGCAUCUUGAGUUCUGUAUCAGGUCAGAAGUGGACAUAAGUUAUCUUCUGUUGUAGUGUGGCCCCUGUUCUGAUACACUCCGUGCCUCACCUUAAUUGUUUUCAAAGGGCUCUAGUUGAAGUGACACGUGUUUGUGAGGGUGUUUCUAUGCUUCUAGUGACAUUUUAACAAGUUUUCUGCAUUAUCAAAAGAAAAAUACUCUAUAGAACUCAGCUAAAUGCUCUUUGGAACUCAAUUAAUCGCCUCUGUAGUCUUUGAAAACGGUCACGAUGAGAGAGGGAAGUGUUUCUGAGUAUGGCACAUGAAUGAGGUUUGAAGCAUCGUUCAUUGCCUCUUGCGGCUUCGUUCGGCUGAUUCCAAGUAAAUAGUUGACUUCCGCUGAAUCAAAUGGUAAAUAAAUCUUCCAAGUUG